CCGAAACUCGGAUUCAAUUCAAUAAUAAAUUCCAAAAUCCAAAAAAGAAAAAAAAGUCUCUUCCUCAAAUGCUUCCCCAAACGCAAUCUUUAACCAGCCACUUGGCUCUUCCAAUCUUUUCAUACAAAGCCAAUUCAAGAUUCCACUUCACUGUUUCAAAACCCAUCUCGUUUCCAAAAACUCCAUCGAAAUUUCCAAAAUGCUCGCGUUCAACGGUAUCCGAACCGACCCAUUUGAAAUUGGGGAACAACAAGCCGGUUCCUGCCGAGGUCUCGAGGACAAUCAUGGAGUUAUCAUCGGUUGGAACCCUUUCCACGCUGACCGAAGUGGGAUGGCCUCUGGGUAUUGGCGUUCGCUUUGCUGUUGACCAUGAAGGAACUCCGGUCUUGUGUUUGAAUUCAUCUAAUGCACAGUUUUCUACCAACAAGUCGUCUAGUCUCCAUGUUCAGCUAGAUCAGUGUGGCUUGCGGACUCCUCAGUGCACUAUAUUGGGUAACAUUGAUAAACCGGAAGAUAGAAUGGUUGUGAAGCGGCUUAAUUCGAUAUGGAAGAAGAGGUUUGGUGAAGGAGUGGAUGAAAAUCUCAUGUAUGUUGUUUCAGUGGAAAGAGUACUUCAAAUGGAAGACUUUGAAGAGGUUGGUAAUUGGAUCAAUUCUUCAGAUUACAGAAACGCACCCCCUGAUCCUCUUCGAGACAUUGCAGAAAAGCUAGUGAACGAUAUUAACAUCCAUAAUAUCGAAGAUGUUAAUCGCUUUUGCAACAUUUUUGUUGAUUUAGAAUUCCCGGUUUCUGAAGCAAAGUUAAUAUGGGUUGACCGGUUAGGCUUCGACAUGCGUAUCUGGUCUCCGCAAGCAGGUAUAUUCGACAUGCGUAUCUGGUCUCCGCAAGCAGGUAUAUUCGAGGUCCGCAUUCCAUUUCCCUCAGAAGUGUCUGAUGAAAAAGGUGCAAAGUCAACAUUCAAUAGCAUGUCCCAACUGGCUUGGGAGGUGGAAAAGAAUUUCUAUGUUCCAGAUUUUCAGAAGGUGACACAGUUGAAAAGGAUAACAUAAAUGGGAGGGUAAUUUUUCCUUCCUUUUUUCUUUUUUCUUUUUUGUUUUGUUUUUUUUUUUUUUUUUUCUCCCUGUUCUUGUCAUUCUCCAUUGAGUAUUGAGCUUUAUAUCUUCCUAGGUUUGAUAUGGCCUGCUUCAAUAUUACCUGUUGAUUAUAUAUAUAUAUAUAUAUAUA